AUGACUGCCCUGGAGACCAGACGCUUGUUGAACUCAGUGAAUAUGAGGACUGAUAGUCAAUACCAUCUUCUUUACGCCAUGCCACACGGAGGCACAUCACGUGACCUCCUCCUUUGCCCCGUGGGUGUUGCGCCAGGAACGAUAGCCGGUACAUCUAGAAGUGAUUAUGUUAUAUUUCCCACAUAUUUUUCGGGAUUUAGAGCCAGUAUUAAAGCCAUAACUGUGUCCGAGCGUGCUGGUAGUCAAUCUAAUA